CCACGAUGGAGGAAAACACAUGUGAACAGAGCCAGCCUGUAAACGGACUGAGGGAGGAGGCUCUGCUGGCUUUGCUGUUUGCUCUGCUUUAUGAUGUACACAUUUCUUCUCUCCUGCCUUCCAGAGGUUUAAUAAUUGUGCUAAUAAACGUGUAUCGGUUGGAUAUUUCUUUGCUGUGUUCCAUGUUGAGUGAAAAGAGAAAGACAGAUUGAUUGACAGUCUACUCUACAACAACAUCUGAUUUCUGGAUACGAACGACAACGCAGAUUUAAAUCUUAUAUCUCACCUCUUUCCAAACCACCAACCUGCUCUUUAAGAUGACUUUCAGUGGCCAGCGCUGGACAUUUGCUGCUCUGUUGAUGUUUGUGAUGAACGUCUGCAGAGGACAUGCACUCACAUGUCAUCAAGCAGAGUAUCUGAUUGGAAAUGAAUGCUGCCCCAUGUGUUUACCUGGGAAUCGAGUGAGAACAGACUGUACAGAGUUCAGAAGUACGUCCUGUCUGCCCUGCUUGGAUGGAACCUACAUGGACCAUCCCACUGGACUCAAACAGUGUUUCCUCUGCACAAUCUGUCAUCAAGGUUCUGGUCUGAGGACAAUGUGGUCAUGUACAAGUACAUCAGAUGCAGUUUGUGAACCACUGGACGGGUUUUACUGUGUGGAGCCUGCGAGUCAUGGUUGUUAUAAAGCACAGAAACACACAAGCUGUGAACCAGGACAGUACAUCAGCAGAAAUGGAACAGUGUCCUCAGACACAGAGUGCUCUGACUGCAGCAAUGGAACCUUCUCAGAUGGAUCAUUUACGUCCUGUCAACCACACACACAAUGUGACUCUGAAAACCUUCAGCUGGUAAAAGCAGGAACAGCUUCAUCUGAUGCAGAGUGUGAAGAACAAACUAACCUAAUGGCUCUCGUUUGGAAAUAUGCUAUACUAAGAACUAAGCUUUCUGUCCUCAGUUUAUUGAUUCCUGCAGAAGAUGGCCAAAAGGCAGAUGUUCAUUAAUACAGCUCUCAAAGAAAAUGAAUAACAUUUUAAAUAAGGUUUAUAGAUAAAAUUCAGUAAUGCAAACAACAUUUAAACCAAGUACAUUUUCAAUUUAUCACAGCUGACAGCUGAGUGUGUGUGGUGGAAAUUUCCCAUAAAGAGGCAGAUGAGAGAGUUAUCUUUUGUGAGAUUUAUUAUAAAAAUAAAGGAAAAUAAAAAUAAUGGGGAAAGCAAAUCAAAAACAUGGAUGUUGAUCGUGCACAUCAACAAACCAAAAACCAGCUGGGGAAAUCAGUGCACACACCACGAAGGUGUGCCACGAUCCUCAAGUUGCUUCCGUUACUACGUUUGAACGUCUGUGUAGCCCAAUCAGACUGCAUGCACCAUCCCAUCACUGUCGCUGUGUGUGUGGAGAUGUUUACAUUCUCACACCUGCAUCACUGGCGUCUGACUAUCAGAGAGGAAGGAGCACUAAGUCUCAACAGACAGAAAGACACAACUCCGGGGAGUCCAGAGUCUAUCAGGCAGAGACAACUACUGAACAAUCUAGGUGAAAUGUCAAAUAUAUCAAACAGAAGUAAGACAAAAAAAGAGAUAUUAAUUGCAGAACAUAAAUAAUAAAUCAUAUAAUAACUGCAUAGAAUAAGAAAGAAACAAUUUUCCCAUAACAGUGUGCUUAUUUGUUUUCUUAGUAUGAACUUUGCCUUAGUAAUGUAGGCAAACAUAUCAUAUAUGUAUAUUAUAAUUGAUGAGAAAAUGUGGACUCAAUGAACAAUAUACCACUUUACAAAAAAGAAGAACCAGAUGAAAGUAAAUCAUAAUGAAAACAGUGUGGAGCCACGUUUUUGCUGUAACCUGCAGUAACCAUGACAACGACCCAGCAAAGCGGCCUGCUUUGGUUUUUAUUCUGCAGUUGGAAGACAGAAUGAUUCUGUGACUGAUUUGUUGUAAUAAAUGUCCAGUGUGAUUCCAAAUUUGUUCAAAUCAAUCAAAUCAAUAAAAACAAAUACAAUGACACCCAUAAUCAGUUGAACACAGCAUAAAUGUAAAUUAACUUUUUUGGUAAAUCUCAUUUGAUGCCUGUGUCAUGUCCCGGAGGAGCUGAGCGUGCGGAAACAAGGGACUGGGUGUAUCUCAGUGAGGACGCUUUGUGCAGGAUGUUAAAGAUUUAGAAGACAUUUGGUUUAUUAUUUGAACAACUUGUUUCAUUACAGCUGUGUUUAAUCCUGGUACAAGUGAAAAUAAACUGAGCCUGAUGUUUGAGGUAA